AUGAUUUUGUUCAUUCUUACAAACCUGGCUCUAUCUUUGAUGGUACACUUGUAUACGGAAUGGACGGACAUCAUGUCAAAUUUGGACAAAAUGGCCGACGGUUUGCCGCUGUUUGUUUCCCUUGCAAUCGUAACGUAUUUUGCAACUUACAAAAAGGAAUUGUACGAAUUAACAGAAUAUAUGAAUAAGAAUUUCAAAUGGCACUCCUCAGUAGGCCUCACAAACAUGACGAUGCAAGGAAGUUAUAAAACUGCCAAAAAUUUUGCUUAUUUCUACACGGCGUGUACGAUUUUCAGUGUCGCAAUGUAUGUUGUGUUGCCAGUUAUUGGAUACUUAUGGUUUAACCAUCCAUUACAACCGUGGAUAUACAAAGACGUGUCAGGGGUGUUUAUUGUUUUUGUGUUUCUAAGACAAUGCAUAGCGCAAGCAUUCGUAGCUUUAGCGGUCGGACAAUUGGGUGUCUUCUUCGCGUGCAACUCAAUUCUCUUAUGCGGUCAACUAGAUCUGUUAUGUUGUUCUCUCCGCAACGUACGGUACACAGCUCUCAUACAAAAUAAUGUUGCCUACGAGGCUUUAAAUAGACAAGUAUUCAGUAUCUCUGAGGACGAAGAGCAUAACUACACAUAUAACAAAUCGGAGAUGAAAGAGUCUGGAUAUCACUAUGACGAGAUAUCUAUGACAAAGUUUAUGACGAAGCCACCAUAA